AUGUGGCGAUUCCUUUUGCCCACCGUGCUGGUGCUGCACCUUGGACGCAAAGGUACAGUGGUCCAGAUCAACCACCAACCAUCGGGGAUUCUGCCAGACAAAUGGUCCUUCACGGCUUUGUUCCGGCUGCUGGUCCUGGCAGUCCACGAGAGGGCUGCGGGCGUGGUGAGUGCCCUGGGCCUGUCAGACGCGCUUCGAUCAGCGGCGCUGCGGUGUUGGAUCGACGACAUGGUGAAUCGAGGCGAAGACUGCGGAGUGGUCUACAUCGAAUCGGUGUACUUUACCGCACUCAGCUCCCCGGCAGGUAUCACGUCCGUGGGCUAUGGCCGCUUGACUGCUUGGGGCAACUCUAGAGCGCCAGACGUGGGGAGACAGAUUUGUGCGGAUGUCACCUGGCUGACCUCGUUGCACAACUUGGAGGAGACCAAGUGGCUUGGCAUUGACGCAGUGGUAGAGGCUGCCUACAUGUACGAGGAGACGGUGAAGUGGGAAAGUCGCUACCUAUGUGGUCCAAGGCUGGCAGCCGAGCUGACUGGAGCGGCACGCACCGCAAUAGCAAACAAGAAGCGAGGCUGGCUUUCGUCCCAGGAUGGCGUUGGCAAGCUUCUGCGCUGCUUGAAAGAGACGAUGAGCGAGCCAGCCCUUCCGGAGAUCUCCAACCAGCUCAAGACCUACUUCAAGCUGCUGCGGCGCCGCCGCGGCGAAUCCAUGGUGUCGUUUUGUGUGAGACACCGGGAAGAGUACGCACGGACCUGCAAAGCCCUGACUCGCGUGAUGCGAGAACAAAAGUCACUUCCUGACAUGACCAGCCAGGCCUGGCACUCAGGACGAAGACAGUCGGUGUCUACGGCAAGGCCAUCCACAGGGGGGGGCUCAUCGGACCUUGCCACCGAGGGUGACACCGAGGCGACGCCCACUGAAGACAAUGGUGAGGAAGCCCAGGAUGAGACCGAAUGGACCUGGGAUGAUGCUUGGUGGUGGUCGACGUGGGAGACCACAUGGAACUGGAACCUCCAGUCCAAUACCAGCAUCGCCGAAGAAGAUGAAGAUGAUGAGGAAGAUUUCGUCGAGAUCCUGCCGGACGUCAUCAAGGGUUGGCUUCUCCUGGAAAAGGCCAACCUGGACGGCAUGGAGCGCAGUCUGAUUCAGAGCGAGGUCAAGAACAAUUUCUCUCUCGCCAACGUUGAAGUCGCCCUUCGGAGCCACUUCACUGAUGAGACCAUCAAGAAGCGAGAUGGAGAAGCCAAACAGGCUCUCUAUGAAAAUGAAGAAGAUGAGACGGAGCCAUGGGAAGAAGACACCAGCUUCUACGAGGACCUCCCCGAGGAUGCUUUAGCCCUGUACCAACAGGCUAAACAUGAAGAACAUGAGGCCUGGGCUCAACUACAGCAAGCGAGGGUGACCCUUCGCGAAGCUCGGGCCAAGCAGCAUGAGGUGCGGAUGGGACGUCGCUUCUAUGCGCCAUCCGCAGAUCGUGGCAAGGGCUACUCCAAGGGGAAGGGCAAAGGCAUGGGGGACCGACGGCCAAACAACACCACGAGCUCAACCAGAACCGGAGGACCGUGUGCUCGCUGUGGAAAAGAUCAUGAUACCUCUCAUUGCCCCAGGAAGAAUGAGGACGGCAAGAACUAUGAGGCCGUUGAACACUCCGAGUAUGUGUACGGGGUCCUCCCUGACAGUGCCUGCGUGAAACCGGAAGCAUUUUGCUGGACCAACCUGGAGGAAGCUUCACCCGACUUGAUUCCGGGUGAUCAAGUCUUGCGAGAAGGGAUGAAAGAUCGCAUGUCCACACGUCCCCGCAGCCAUCUGAUUCACGUGUCCAAACCGGUGACCACACUCCCGUUGUCGUUGACGCUUGUCCUCAUGGCAACCACCCAGGAAGCAACCGCGGCUCAGGUGACCAUGUGGCCGGACAAGUCCAUGAAGCCACAUUACUUGCUGAGCAAGACGGAAUGCAUCCAGGAACUCGAGGCCAAUGGUCAGAAGCGCAUUGCAUGGACGGAGUUCACACUUCCGGAAUGCCGGAUGCUGGUUCGCGAGUCUCGCGAAGCUCAGGGAAUCAUCAAGCCAAAGGGGGCUCCCAACAACCUUGUCAAGGAGAUCAACAAUGCAAAACUGGGCGAGCUACGCUCAAUGUGCCAGGCCCGCCAGAUCGAACAUCCGGCCAAGGCCACGGCGGGGGAGCUGCGCUUGAUGCUCAAGUCAUGGUUGAUCCACAGCGGCAACAACGAGACACUGAUCGACUUUGGAAAGUACAAGGGCAUGAGCUUCAUGGAAGUGGCUCAACACGAUCCGGGGUACCUCAGCUGGGCUCAGGCCGAGGUGGGCAACUCGGACACGGCGGAUUGGCGGCUUCGACAACUCGCCAGUUGGGCCGAGAGGAUGGAACACAAUCCUCUCGAGAAGUCUCAGGCACCAGUGAAGAACCAGGGGGCCGGCUAUCAUCCAGCCCUCACCAACAGUCGACCAACAGUGGCCAUUGCUGCGGGGUCAUCGAGCAAGGAUGUGGAUGCCAAGGCAAGUGCCUCGGCGAUGACCGAACAAGUGAAGGACAUGAUGGAAACCAUGAAAGCCAUGCAAGAGGAGCUCGACGAGCUCAAGGGCAAGAAGCGCCACAAGACGCCGCCUCCCCGAGCUGGAACAUCGGUGGCAUCCGACGGGAGCUUCGUGAAGAUGGAUGGCGAGGGGGUGAAACAGGCCAUUAAGAUCAUUCGUGAGAAGAAGCCUAGGUGCAGCGCGUGUGACGAAAGAAAGAGGCCUGAUCCUCGACGUCAGGCCAAUCUGGAAGUUCACACUGACCGCUGGCGCAGUGUGCAGAUCGACACUGCAUACUGGAAGCAUCCAAUCUCCAAGAAGCAGGUCUCAUUCAGUUUGAUCAUGGACGAGGCAAGUCGCUUCCUGGUUGGCAAAGUCAUGCGGAUGGACGGAGGCAAAGGAGUCAAAGCCUCCGAAUACGCUGAACUCUUUACAAACCACUGGUUUCCAUAUUUUGGCAUGCCGGAUGUGGUAAGAUCUGAUCCAGAGGGAGCUUUCCGAUCGGAGGAGAUGCUGAACUUCUUCAGUGAACGAGGCAUCCACCUGGACCAUAUCCCAGCCGAAGCACACUGGAACCUUUCUCAUGUGGAGCGCUGUAUUGAGUGGGUGAAGGAAUUUCUCACCAAGACAGCCGGAGAUGCGGAACAAGACGUCACACAGCUGAUCCAACACGCCAUCUACACCUGGAACCAUCGAGAAACCGUGCGAGGGUAUAGUCCCUUUCAACAUGCCAUUGGUAGGCAGCCAGACAUCGAAGGUCGAGUAUUUGAUCGACGAACCACUGACCUGCCAAUGGAGAUGAUGCAGUCUCCAGAUGGUGAGAUGGAAGUUGCCUCCCAGUUGCGACAACAGGCAUCUAAAGCAUUCAUUGAUUGGCAAGUGCAGGAGAAGCUCACCAGAGCCCGUCCCAAGCGAGCUGCACGAGCGGGCAACUGGGUGGAACCACUGGUUUUAGCAUAUCAGAGCUUCGUGCAGCACGUGCAUCGGGAAGAAGACCUGGAUCAGCCGGCCUUCCACGGCCUGUCGGCGCCCCUGAUGCAGGACCGGCCUGAAGUGGAGAGCCUUCCUUUUGAAGAGCUUCGACUAGCAGCGUAUCGGAAGUUGAUUCUGAAAGCACCCUUCUUGCGGGAGCAGAAGAAGCACGUCAUCUCCAUGAUGGUGAGCUCGCUUUCAGAUCUCAUCUACUUGCCGGCCGACUUCAUCGUUUGCAGUGGUGAUACUGGGAGAGAGCUUUUCUUUAUGCGGCGUGGCGUGGCAGGCGUCUAUCCAAGUGGCCCGGAGUGCCCGCCGGUGAUGGGCGAGUCCACGGAGGUGGCCGUGACUGGGCGAGGAGAGAGAACGCGCGGUGCAAGUGCAGCGAUGCGAGGAGAGAGAAGGUGCAAGUGGUCGAAGGCCCCGGUGGAAGGCUGGUUCAGCACCUCUGGUGUUCCGGAGGAAUACACUGCUGGGAAGUACUUUGGCGAGCUGGGCAUGCUCACCGCACGUCCGCGUGCUGCCUGGAUCAUGGCGAAGACCUAUUGCGUGCUCUCGGUACCUCGAUCGACCGGCACCUUUUUGGAGUUGGGGGAUGGAGAGUCAAACGUGGGCAAAGCAAGUGAGGGAUGGAAGGAGGAUGCACCAGCUAUAGUAGAAGAUUUGGCCAGCUUGAGAUCAUCCCAGCAACUGGCAAAUCUGCACCAUUCUUUGGCUUUUCAUGGAGGUCCAGAAGAGGCCCUGAGGCCCUGA